AUGGCGAAGGACGUGCACCGCGUUACCAAUGCGAGCGACGCGCGCGUGCUGAAGGCCGCGGACGAGUCCAAGUUCGCGUCCUUUUCCAAGGAGAGCGCGGCGCGCGCGGCUGCUCCGGACCUGGACUUCCGUCGCAAGACGUUUCCGAUCCGCACGGGGCUCGCGGCCGCGAGUCUCUUCGCGCUGGGCUCCAUCCUCAUCUACGUGAGCACGCUCAUCGGCCUGGACGAGGAACGCCGCGGACUAUCGUUCCUUAUCCUCGGGCUUAUCGCAUUCAUCCCGGGCAGCUACGCGACGUACCAGCUCUACGGCGCGUGGAAGGGAUGGAAGGGCUACAACUACGACCAGAUCCCGUCCUACGACGACUGA